CCCACCGUAGAAACAGAAGCAAUGAAGAUCCGGACGAUGAAGCUCCGAGAAGCCCACACAGCUGCCGACGAUUCCGUCUGCUCCAUUCUCUGGGCCUCCGAUGCAGGCCACAUCGUCACUUCCUCCUCCUCCGACAACGCCAUCUGCAUCCACCACGCCUCCGCGCCUUCCAAUGCCCCCAAGUUUCUUCGCAACCACCGCGAGGGAGUCACGGCGCUGGCUCUCAGCCCUAAUUCCACCUGCCUUGCUUCUGCCUCCCUUGACCACUCGGUCAAGUUAUAUAAAUUCCCUGGUGGAGAUUUUGAAACUAAUAUCACUAGAUUCACCCUGCCAAUUCGUGCUGUUGCUUUUAAUAAGUCGGGAACAAUUUUGGCUGCUGCUGGUGAUGAUGAGGGCAUCAAACUUGUCAAUACUAUUGAUGGAACCAUUGCAAGAGUACUUAAAGGGCAUAAAGGAUCUGUCACCAGCCUGGCUUUUGAUCCUAAAUCUGAAUACUUAACUUCACUUGAUUCAAAUGGGACAGUCAUUUACUGGGAGCUCCAAUCUGGGAGUACACUUCAUGUCCUUAAGGCUAUUGCUCCCAACAAUGGUACAGAUGUCUCAGUUAUGAACAUACUUGCUUGGAGUCCAGAUGGAGAAUUGUUAGCAGUACCAGGUCUGAAAAAUAAUGUGGUGUUGUAUGACAGGGACACUGCUGAGAAGCUUUUUUCUCUUAGUGGUGAUCAUUUACAGCCUAUUUGCUUCUUAUCAUGGUCGCCUAAUGGGAAAUAUAUUGCUACUUCUGGUUUAGACAAACAAAUUCUUAUUUGGGAUGUGGAUAAGAAACAGGACAUUGAGAGGCAAAAGUUUAGUGAAUGCAUAACUUGCAUGGCAUGGAAGCCUGAGGGAAAUGCAUUGGCAGUUAUUGAUGUUAAGGGGAAGUAUGGUGUGUGGGAAUCAGUUGUACCAUCAACAAUGAAAUCUCCGACUGAAGAUAUUCCUGGUUUAUAUUCCAAAAACAGCAAUGGCCUCCUCUUGUUUGAUGAAGAAGAAGAACCUUGUGCAUCAGGUAAUUUAAGUGAUCUCAAUGAAGAUAGCUAUGAUGACUUUGAGCCACUUAGAAGAAAGAGAUCCCGUAAGCACUCUAGUUAUGAUGAUGAAAUGGAAGAUGUUAAUGAUGAGCUGGAAACUGUUUCUAAAGUUGAAACACGUAAGAAGGCUUUUUACGGUCAUAAAGAAAACCUCUCUGGAAAGAGUGGAUCCAGAAAUAUGAUGGUAACUGCAGGAACUAAAAUGCAAGAACCUUUUCAGCCUGGAGCUACACCUGCACACCCUGGAAAGAGGCACUUUUUGUGCUACAAUAUGCUGGGGAGUAUAACCACGAUGGAACAUGAAGGAUAUUCACAUAUUGAGACAGAUUUCCAUGAUACCAGCAGUGGUCCACGUGUAUCUGCGAUGACUGACUAUUUUGGUUUUACAAUGGCUUCUCUAAAUGAGAAUGGCAGUGUAUUUGCGAAUCCAUGCAAAGGUGAUAAGAAUAUGAGUACACUCAUGUAUCGUCCCUUUAGUAGCUGGGCAAAUAACAGUGAGUGGUCUAUGCGGUUUGAGGGGGAAGAAGUAAGAGCAAUAGCACUUGGAAGUGGUUGGGUUGCUGCUAUCACCAACCUUAAUUCUCUUCGUAUUUUCACCGAGGGUGGUUUACAGAGGUACAUUCUCUCUCUUGAUGGACCAGCGGUUACAGCUGCUGGCUACAAAGAUGAACUGGCAGUUGUAACACAUAUAUCUCCACCUCUGCCAACAAAUGAACAGAUCCUUGAAUUUAGAGUCUUCAACAUUUCUCAUGGAUCACAACCUUUAAGAGGACGGCUUCCAUUGACUCCUGGGUCAACCUUAACAUGGUUUGGUUUCAGCGAGGAAGGUCAACUAAGUUCUUUUGACUCUAAGGGUAUCUUGAGAGUCUUUACAAGUCAAUUUGGAGGUACUUGGUUGCCACUUUUCAGUGCCAGCAAAAUAAAGAAUUCCGAGGAAAAUUAUUGGGUUGCUGGCCUGAAUGCAAGCAAGUUAUUUUGCAUUGUUUGCAAGUCUCCUGAAACUUUCCCACAGUCUACUUCCAAGCCAGUGCUGACCUUGCUAGACCUGUCAUUCCCUCUUGCUGCUUCGGACCUCGGUGCAGACAGCUUGGAGAAUGAAUUUAUGAUGAACAACAUGCAUCUCUCAAGGAUCCAAAGAAGUAUAGAAGAAAGAGAAGCUUCUGGUCUUGAUUGCACCUUACUUGACGAUGAGGCUUUCACUGUUGAAACUUCCCUUGACAGAUGCAUCUUGAGGCUCAUUGCAUCCUGCUGCAACAGUGACAAACAUGUCAGAGCCACUGAACUUUUUAAACUUCUAUCACUCGAAAAAUCUAGUAGGGCAGCCAUAAAACUUGUUACUGCAUUAAAGCAACCAAACUUGGCUGAGCGCUUCAAUAAUAUACUCGAGGAAAAGUUGCUCAGUGAAAAAAAGGAGAACAUUGCACACCCUGGCAGCAAGUCCAAUUUCAAUGGUUCUAUCAAACCAGAAGUUGCAUCUACUAAGUUUUUUACUGCAGAAAUCAAUAGAGCAGCAGAAACUGCAGUUGCAUCUCCAGUCAACACAUUUCCAUCCACUUCCAACACAAGGGCCCGAAACGUUGAGGAGCCUACCAAGGACAGAAAUGGAAAGAGUGAAGAAAGUAAAACUAUGACACCAGGAAGAACUAUUGACUUGAAGGCGACAGGGAAAGGGAACGCUAAUGGAGUGCACAAUGCUGGAGAAGCAACGAAGGCUACAAAGGUUGAUCAACUAAGUUCUAGUCGCCCAUCUAAUCCAUUCGCAAAGUCAUCCAGCAACCAAGGAAGUUCUUCAUUGUUCGAUUCUCUAAAGAAGACGAAGAAGGCUGACAUCAAGGGGAAGGUAUGAGGUUGUAGUAUGCUUUGUCUUCGGCAAACUGAAGCAACAAACUAGUGAUAAGUUUCUCUCAAUGUUUGUUCAAGAGCAACGAUGAUUGCUGAGAGAUUUGCUAGUGUUGUUUUAAGUUUGAUCAUAUAAAAGAAAAUAUAACUGCAUAUUGUAAUAUAUAGGGAGUAUUAUGUAGCACUGAGCUUGUUUGAGUCAAUCUUAGGUUUUAUUAUUUUAUUCUA